AUGCGGUCUCGACAAUUCGCCGUUGCGGCACUGCUCGGCUCGGCCCUGGCAGCCGACAACUGCCGCUGCUUACCCGGCGACGACUGCUGGCCCACGCCAUCCGACUGGCAGCAGCUUAACGACACGGUCGACGGCCGCCUGGUGGCAACCACUCCGCUCGCCGCCCCAUGCCACGACCCGGAAUACGACGAUGCCACCUGCGAGUCCCUGCGCGAGAAUUGGCAGUGGCCGCAAGGCCAUUAUGAGUCCUCAAGCUCCGUCAUGGCUCCGUUCUUCGCCAACCGCAGCUGCGACCCGUUCACGUCCGAGGACACGCCUUGCGAAUUUGGCAACUACGUCCGAUAUGCGAUCAAUGUGUCUACGAGCGACCAUGUAGCAGCCGGAAUCAAGUUUGCCACUGAGAAGAACAUCCGUCUUGUUGUCCGCAAUACCGGCCAUGACUACAACGGCAAAUCCACCGGCGCCGGCGCCCUCGCCAUCUGGACCCACCACCUAAAAUCCCUCUCCCUAACCAACUACACCUCCCCCACCUACACCGGCCCCGCCAUCCGCGUCGGCGCCGGCGUCCAAGGCGGCGAAGCCUACGCGCUCGCCAGCUCCGCCGGCCUCGCCGUCGUCGGCGGCGAGUGUCCGACCGUCGGCAUCGCGGGCGGCUACAGCCAAGGCGGCGGGCACUCGGCCUUGUCUUCUCGCUACGGACUGGGGGCGGACCAGGUGCUCGAGUGGGAAGUGGUCGACGGGACGGGUGUGGUGAGGAGGGCGAGCAGGGAGGAGAAUGCGGAUUUGUACUGGGCGCUGAGUGGUGGCGGGGCCGGGUCGUGGGGGGUGGUGGUGGGGAUGGUGAGUAAGGCGCAUGAGGAUGUUGUGGUGUCGGGGGCGAAUUUGACGUUUUCGCUGGACAGCGGCGUGCCCGGGGGUGACAAGGAGGUGUUUUGGAAGGCCAUUGCGGCGUGGCAGCUGGAGUUGCCGAGGUUUGUGGAUAAGGGCGCGAUGGUGAUUUGGUCGUUUACGGAGAGUUGGUUUGGGAUUACGCCGAUUACGGCGCCGGGGGUGACGGGGGAGGAGUUGGUGGAGUUGCUGCGGCCGUUCAAGGAGAAGCUGGCUGGCUGGAACAUCACGUAUGACAGCUACGUGAACCAGUUUGAUGGGUACUACGAGCAGUUCACGACGAUGCAGAGCCCGAUUCAGGUUGGUAUUGCGCAGUAUGGUGGAUGGUUGCUGCCAAGGAGUGUGGUGCAGGAGAGGAACGAUGAUAUUGUGGCGGUUUACCGGAACAUUGUGGAGGAUGGGGCGACAUUUAUCAAUGUUGCGCUUAAUGUGUCGAAGGAAGUUGCCGGGGAUGUGUACAACUCUGUUUUGCCGGCGUGGAGAGAUGCACUUGUCGAUACGGUUGUCACAACGCCGUGGAACUUCACCGCUCCGUGGGAGGAGAUGAUCGAAUGGCAGGACAAGAUGACUAACAACUACAUCCCCCAGCUCACUGCGCUGGCUCCCGAGUCUGGCUGUUACGCGAACGAGGGUGACUUCCGUCAGCCAAACUGGCAGAAGUACUUCUACGGCAGCAACUACGCUAAGCUGAGGGAAAUCAAGAAGAAGUACGAUCCCUUGGAUCUAUUCUACGGCGUUGCGGCUGACGAGCAACUCAUCAGCCAGGACCUUCACUAG